AUUAACAGAUCCGUGUUAUUCGGGGGUCUUCCUUUUCAGGACAGGAGACGGAGCAAAGAGGUUGUUGAGUUAGUUAUAAAUAAGGAGAUAAUAAGGGGCUACCAUUAUUACACAACUUCCUUUUCACUUUUUGGUGUUGUUUAGAUAAAAAGUUUCAGUUUUCUGGGUUUCAUUGCUGCUUCUGCAUUCUUUCAGCCAAGAUUUUCUUCAGGAGAGAAGAAAAGGGAGGCAAAAUAUGGUCAGAAAGCAUGCAGAACCUGCAAGAAAGGCAGCAGAAAAGGGAGAGGAAAGUGUUGCAGUAGCCAUAGACGUUGACAAAGGAAGCCAAUAUGCCCUUAAAUGGGCUGUUGAACAUUUUCUCACCAAAGGCCAAUCUGUCACCCUUCUCCAUGUUAAACAAAAGGCACCAUUGGGAAUCCAUGAUGUUAAUAAGGAGGAUUCAAGAACAAAUACCAAACAACUUGAAUCUGAAGCCAGAGAAUUAUUCCUUCCAUUCCGCUGCUUCUGCACACGCAAGGAUAUAAGAUGUAAUGAAGUUGUGGUCGAGGACGUUGAUAUAUCAAAAGCGAUAAUAGAUUAUGCUGCUUCGCAUAUAAUACAAACUUUAAUACUUGGGACACCAAGAGGGGGCCUACUUAUCAGAAAAUUCAAGACAAUAGAUGUUCCAAGCACCGUGUCAAAAGCUGCACCGGACUUCUGUACUGUAUAUGUCAUCAGCAAAGGAAAGGUUUCUUCUGUACGGUCUGCUAGUGCUCCACCACCUGCAAAACUUCCAUCUCAAAUUCAGUGGCCUAACAAACCCAGCUAUAUUUCUGCUUCACCUGAUGUACAUGAACAUCAAAGGACUGGCCGAUCUCUCAGUGCGUCCAAGAGGUCAUCCUACAUGUCAAAUAGCAUCCAAGAAGAUUCAGAAAUGAUCAAGUCACCGUUCAUUAGAAAUAGUGGUUCAAUGGUCAAAUCAUAUGACCCUUACCCACCAGAAAUGGAUAUAUCAUAUGCUAGCAGUGUCAGGCCAACCAGCAACCGCAUGUUUCCAUCUUUCCAUGACAACUCGGAAUCUGUAAUGAACCCGCAGUAUGCAAUUGGCAAUAACUAUGAUGAUAGAAGCUUUCCGUCAACAGACUCAGCAAGCACGUCGAUAGAUAUGGGUUCACCAUAUAACUACUCAUACAGCUCACAGGACAGCGGGCAAACGUCGUGGUAUUCACAAAACACGAAUGAUGCAGAAUCUGAGAUUAUGAGACUCAGACUAGAGCUAAAGCAAACAAUGGACAUGUACAAUUCAGCAUGCAAGGGGGCACUCUCAGCACAACAGAAGGCUAGGGAAUAUCAAUAUUGGAAUUUGGAAGAACAACAUAAAUUUGAUGAGUCACAACCAGCACAGGAAUCCGCAUUUGCACUGAUUGAGAAGGAGAAAACAAAGCGUAAGGCUGCUAUGGAAGCCGCUCAUGCUGCUCAGAAUCUUGCUGACCUGGAAGCACCAAAAAGGACGAGUUUAGAAAUCAAAGCCCUCAAGGACUAUGAGGAGAAAGAGGCAAGGGAAUCUUGGGUGCCAUCUGACCUUAGGUAUAGAAGAUACACGAUUGAGGAGAUUGAAACAGCAACAAGGAACUUCUCAGACUCUCUGAAGAUUGGGGAAGGAGGUUAUGGCCCAGUUUACAAGUGCUACCUGGAUCAUACAGAAGUUGCAGUUAAAGUUCUACGUGCAGAUGCAGCUCAAGGGAAGCCACAGUUCCAGAAAGAGGUUGAAAUAUUAUCCUGCAUUCGGCAUCCAAACAUGGUUCUCCUCGUUGGGGCCUGCCCAGAGUAUGGUUGUCUAGUCUAUGAACACAUGGCUAAUGGCAGCUUAGAUGAUCGUCUCUUCCGGCGAGGAAACACCCCAUAUCUUCCUUGGCAAGUGAGAUUCAAAAUUGCUGCAGAGAUUGCCACAGGCCUUCUUUUCCUGCACCAAACCAAACCAGAACCUUUGGUGCAUCGUGACCUAAAACCUGGCAAUAUUUUGCUCGACCGUUAUUUUGUCAGCAAGAUCAGUGAUGUUGGCUUGGCAAGACUUGUUCCUCCAUCUGUAGCUGAUAGUGUUACUCAAUAUCACAUGACAGCAACGGCAGGAACAUUUUGUUACAUUGAUCCAGAAUAUCAGCAGACUGGAAUGCUAGGAACAAAAUCUGACAUUUACUCACUUGGUAUCCUGCUUCUACAAAUAAUAACAGCGAAGUCACCAAUGGGUUUAGCUCAUCUAGUUGAAAGAUCCAUUGAGGAUGGAACUUUUAUUGAGGUACUUGACCCAACUGUCCCUCAAUGGCCUGUAGAGGAUACCUUGAAGUUUGCCAAACUAGCUCUUAAAUGUGCAGAACUAAGAAAAAAAGACAGACCGGAUCUCGGAAAGGUCAUAUUGCCUGAACUUAACAGAUUGAAAGCACUUGGCAAAGAAAAUAUGCCUUACCCCAUGUUUGGAGGUACAAUUAGAAGAAGCAGAUCAACAAAUCACAGCCAUAUUUCCUCACUUCAAGAAAUGGCGAUGACUGAUGUGCUAACUGUAUCUGAGAGCUCAAGCAUUUCAAGUUCAUUAUCUUAAGGAGGAAGAAGAUAAUAUUUUAGCUCAAGAUGCUACUGCAAGCUUAGAGCACUUCUGAUUGGAGCACCAAACUUGGAACUAGUGGAACUUGAGAGUCCAACAUAAUAGAAGUGAGAUUGCUUUGUCAAUCUUGCAAUGCUUAUACUUCUUUUUUGUUUCAUCUACAAUAUACUUCAGUGGGUAAAAUUUCAGGUUUCAGUGUUAAGUUUAAAGAUGGAAUCUCAGAUUGCGGGAAGGGAGUUGAUGGAAAGGGGGAAAGCUAACCCAAGUUGUGUAUCUCACUAGUUUAUAAUAAAAACUUUUUUGCUUCUUUCAUAUUUAA